GGCGAGGGCGAGCAUCUUGUUCCCGAUUCGGCCUAGCGCUCUCCGUGGCAGACAGGCACACGCCAAAUGCAGACGGACCCGAACAGUUCACUUGCCGACGUCCUCCCUCUACUCUCUCGCUUUCCGUACGCUUGCAGCGGACUUGCCCCGGGUCCUGCGCGCUUAGUUCUAUGCAGCAGAACGGAGCCCGAAUUGGAUCCGCUCGAGCAACAGCCUGCCCCAGUCUCGCCUCGAUGCAGCGAUGAGCCAGAACUCUCCCGUGAAAGGCCAACACCAUGGACGUGGAAGACCAGUACAUGAAAGAUCUCUUCGGAGAGGCUGAACACGUGCCGAGCAUCACAACAUCGGCCCCCGCCGCCAAAGGGCUCGCCCAGAGACUCGAUGCGCUUGCCUCAAGCAAUUGCUGCAGGUUUGUUCUCUCACGCUUGUCUGUCCCACCCGGUCCCUGUGCCUGAUGAGAUGGAACCGUAGUAAGAUCGCCUGGUCGCGCUUCGGAUGCAUAGCUAGCGUCGCCGAGGAUGCCAGGCACAUCAACUUGCGCGUGCUCAUGCGAAAUCCAAAAUCUGGCGAGUGGACAUUACCCAAGCCCACCGAGAUAUGGCCGUCCAUGCCAGACAGCCACGAGAUUGUGCACCUGGCCUACAGUGCCAUGGGAAACGAUCUCGCCGUCGUGGACUCGGGAGGACGGAUUAUGCUAUACACCACAGGUCUCACACUGGGUUCCAUGAUACCGGUGCACGUCGCUCUCAACGACAGCUCGGACGAGAUGAACACAAUAGUUGGUAUGCACUGGCUUCCUGUCUUUCUGCACAACUCAAAGGUAUUUUCGUUUUUCUUCAGGUCUGCUAGCCGAAACAGCGACACCUGGACUGCGAAAAUUCAACAGUAUCACACACCUGGACCGCAUAACCCGCUCGAAGGCAAAUCCGCUCUCGUUUGUCUGACACGAAAGGGCACGCUGCGGCUGCUGUGGCAGGCGCGAAACAACCAGUGGUCCGAGACGACCGUCGAGCUUGAAGACGCGUCUUUGGCAACAAGCUGCUCAUUCACACACGCAUCCUUCUCUCCGGAAAAUGAUGGUCUCCUUCUUAUCGCACACCAGCUCUGCAGAGCGACGCGCUUAUACCAACUAAGGAUUAACUGGAAUAUGCCACCUAAGCAAGAAAAUGACUCGCAAAAUUUAACAGCUCUUCCGAAUCCCGUGUUAGACGUUAGGUCUCUUCUCGAAGAGCACUUCAUGUCCCCUCAGAACUUGCCCAACCACUCUCAAGACGACACCCUUGCCACGACAAACGGCAACAACGUUGAUUCAAUGUACGAAUUUCAUCUGGCCAAGUUGCUAUUUGUGCCACCUGCCCCAGACCAAGGUACGAAAGAACCGACGCUCCAGACCAUCCUGGCCGUUUUUACUAUCGUUCCUCCAUCUCAUGAAGGAAUGAUGGUGGAUCCUUCGCAGCGUUGGGGCCUGGCAAGCACGAUCAUUUCUCGUUGGGAAGUGCAAAGAGACGUGGGAGACAAUCUCUCAACGUGCUUUGAUCAGCUCAGCGUGAAAAAAAAGGCUGCUGCUGGGGUGCCGCUUAAACAUGGUACGAGACUGAAGAGGCUAGACGAUGUUGUUGUAUCGCCUGCGGUGUUGAUGAUCACACCUGUAAGGAAUAACACGAUGUUUGCAUUGACUCUAAGCGACGGCAGCGUCCAGUUCAGAUAUCGCAACACCAUGGACGUCGUUCUCCCGGACGAGAGCCCUGAUGAAGUACAGAGCUUGACCCAGAGCGGCUUCUCAUUUCACCACAUCGAUCCAUGUUUGCACACCGCGUUCUCGCCAAGCGCCUGUGUUUUGGCAACCCUGACUGCUGAGGGUCAGGUCAAACUGGAGAAAAUGCAGUAUACGAACAGCUCACUGAACGAUAUUGAUGAAAACGAUUCGAAACAUGAUGCAAUUGCAGCGAUCAUCGCAUUGCAGUAUAGCUCGGCGUGCAUGCAGUAUAAGGUUACGGACGAUAUCCUUGCGAUCUUACCUGCAAAUCUUGGCACUUCACUCACGCGCAUGAUUGUUGCGUUAUGCAUGAGGUUUUUGAACGUAGAAUUCGAUGUGAUCUCCGGCGACUAUCAGCAACAGAUUUUACCCUUGUUCCGCAACCAUCUAUCUUUCAGGUGCUUCAGCUUGCAAAACGCCCUAGGAGCAGCGGACAAGACGGGCCCAAGAAAGUUGUCCGCAAGGCUUGCUUGGAUAACGCUCAAUCUGCGACAUGUAUCACAGAGUAUUUUCUUUCACUUGAGGUCGGACCAAGCCCUGAAAUAUGAUUCGGCGAUCAGUUUUGUCGGUCUUUUCAAGUGGUAUCUCGACCUUUGCUGCUAUUUGCUGCAAGAACUCAACAGUUUGCACUACGCCAUCAAGCAUGAAGCGCAUCUAGGUCGGCCUGGGCGAGAAAAGGACCGAGACUGGAUACAGGAGCAGAUCCAAAAGCGUCACAGUCCGGCAAUGAUCCUUCUUCUCUCAAGCAUGCCUCGCGUCUUCCUGCGCAUGACAUUUCGCCCAUUGCGCCACGGAUACAUGCACGCCUCGAAUGGUUUUAGAUCAUCCACAGCAAUGGAGCAAAAAAACGCGUUUCACAAGCUCUUGAACACAUUCCAUAACUCGCCUGUGAAUCAGCAAUCCUUCGGUGCCCUGGAAGACUUUAUAAACGAGAUUGACAUCAGCAUCAAGAAUGCCUAUAAAACUGCAUCUCUUUCCGUACAGGAUCGUUCCGCUAUCGAAAAAGAUAUGUUGCUAACGCUGAGGAUACCGCCUGUUCUUAUGCCCACUGUCACGGCGAUCCUGACCGUCUCCCUCGAUGGUUUGAUGUCCAAGGUUGACCCGGGCAAGGUACACAUCCAUGACAUAAGCUGGCUAGGUUUGACGGAUGACCAUCGAACCAAGAAAUUUAAUGAGAGCCGCACCAUCGAUGUUAUACGGAAGGUGCCACUUGUGAGUACCGUCAAGUUGAGAGUUUGUCCUAGAUGCGGUAGCGUGAUGGAGGAUCUGGCCCACGGGGUGGGACAUCACCAGCCUUGGGUUUUGCAAAGUCAUAAGAUUUGUGUAUGUUUAAGUAGUUGGGCUAAUCCUGAUGGAAACUAGGGGAAGGAUGGCAUGAGAGCUUUGUUCGCUAUGGACUCAAGAUUUUGGAUGAACACAUUAUUGCUGCGAAUCUUAAAAUCUCUGAUCAGUUUGAAGUAUCGCCUUUCUGGCGCUGCACUCAACAUUCGCACAAAUAAUAAAAACACAGAGCAGUAUCUAAAAUGGUAUCCUUAAGACAUCAUUUCUAUUUGACGAACAGGCCGAAUGUGUCUUCCA